AUGAUACGAACAUUCAAUUUAAUAAAUACAAAUAAUAAGAAAUCAAAAAAUACUAAUUAUAAGUUAUUAUCAACGUUUUCAAAUAAGACAUCAUCAUUUAAAAAUUCAAAUGAAACAUUACCAUCGUAUAAUAAUAAUUCAAUUGUGAUCGAUAACUAUCAAAUAAGUCGAAAUAUUCAUUUUAUAAAACAUUCUAAAACAAAUCGGGUUGAUGGUUAUGUAACAUCACUUAAGCGACGAGUUCGACAACAACAAUGGGGACAUAAUCAAAAUCAAGUAACAACUUUUCAAGAAACUAAUUUACAAGUACCUUCAUCUAUCAAUCUAUUGUUAGUAUCGUAUCCAGAACAACCUGUAUCACCAUGUCCUUAUCAAUUGAAAACAAAAAGUCGUACACUUCCUUUACUACCAUUAAUUAAUAAUAAAAGGACAGUACGAACUCGUGCACAUGAAAAUUAA